GGAAACGCUGAAACCGUGGCAAAAAUUCAAGUUUUGCCCCUUGUCCAAUUUAUCGCAACUCCUAAAACAAUCACGCAACUGAGUAUUCAGAGCUGGGCAAAAAAGGUAAUUUCAAAGGUAAUAGACACAUAAACCGGAAGAGUCAGAAAAAGAUCGCAUCUGGUUUUUAUCAUCACUCGGCUUUAGCGGCAGUUUUAUUUCUUCUUUAUAAUCAACCCUUCGGGUCACUCACUAUCUUUCAUCUGCAAAUUCACAAAUCUCAUAGCUAAAUCCAAAAACUCAAAACAAAGCAUAAAAAAAGAAAAAGAGGGCGUCUUCUCUUCUCCAGAAUCAUUCAGUUCGGUUUCGAGAUGAAUUCUACAAGAAAGGCAUGGACGGUGGCAGCAAGUAUCGGAGUUGUGGAGACACUAAAAGAUCAGUUAGGCGUUUGCCGGUGGAACUACGUUCUCCGUUCGAUGAAUCAACAUCUCCGGAAUAACAUCAGAUCCAUUUCUCAGACCAAAAAUCUUUCAUCCUCAGCCUCCAUCGUAUCCUCAUCCUCCGGCAAUACGAAGAAGGCUGAGGAAUCGCUCAGGACUGUCAUGUACUUGAGCUGCUGGGGUCCUAACUAGGUUUCAGGACAUCUACUUGAUGAAUUUUGAAAGUCUGUGUAGGCUUUUGAUUGGUUUGGUCCAAGACUAAUAUAAAGAGUAGAUAGAUAUGCAAAAAGAAUCUUUAUUCAAAAAGAUGGUUUAAUUGUAUUGCCAUCUUACUUGUGUAUUGUAUAUAAAGGCUAAUUUAGUCAAUCUGAAUAGACUUAAAAUCAUUUACUGAAA